AUGUGGUUCGCCGUUUGCCAAAGCUUGCCCGAUCUUCAUAUUCUGCGCGACGACGAGAGCUGCUUCUCUGAUGACGACUUGGAGGAGGAUUUCGAGAUCUCUCGGCCAAGACAGCGACAGAUCUCAAUGGUGUAUGAUCCUGACAAUGACGACUACCAGAUGCAAGUGAAGCCGGAAGUGCCCGAAGCAAUUGCACAGAUGGAGACGGAGCUCAUCAACAAGCAAGUUGCGCAGCUCCAAGUCAGGAUUGACCAAGGAGGCGAUUCAGAGAUCUUGAAUCACUAUCGCAAGGUGAAAGAACAGUUGGAGCUCCAGCUGUCGAAGAAAAUCAAGACGAUCGACGAUCAAGCCUCCAUGGUGUCACAACUCUCCACAUGUGGCAGCAGCACCGACGUUUUGUCAUUGGCCUCCCCUUUUGAAUCAAGGAAGGUUGACAAGACAUGA